UUUAGGCUUCUCUACUUCAAUACAAUUUAAAUUUAUUUAUUGUAAAAUAUUCGUUUGAUUUAUGGAAAUAAACUCCAAAAUGACCAGAAGUAAUUUCAAUAAAAUUAUGCAAGCAAAUCUUAAACUAAAUUCCAAAAUCCUAUCAAAAAAUACCAAUGAAAUUGUUAACACCUGCAUAGGGAAAAUGUACAAACAAAUGCCACUGACAUUUAAGAAUGGCCUGCAGCAGGGUAAAAUAGGAGCAGCAGUAAAAUCAGAAAACCAUGGACCCUUAAAAAAGCUCAAAUUUCUAGAUCGUAAAUGUCAACAAACAGCAGCCAACAAACCUUUAAAGGCCAAAGCCAAUAUUUAUGAAACCCAAAUGCAGAGCAAUCUCAUGAGCAAGAAACCUGCAGCCCUUACGCCUAGGAAAUUACUCGAAACUUCCAGUAAUAAAAUCUUUAAUAUAAAACGUUAUUGCUCCAGUGCCAGUAGCUCAAGUGGUAGUAUAUUUUAUCACAAAGAUGACAAACCAAGUACAACUCGAGCUUAUCAUACUGCUUCCACUAAUAGUCUCGAUAAAUCUAAGCAGCAAAGAUCUAGUUCUCUGCAACAUAAAUCAGCUUCCUUAAUGAUUUCUAACCACAAUCAAUAUAUAAAUUCUAAUGUAGAUACCAUGCAGCGGGCCAUGAAAGUAAGUGGCAGGAUGCAAAGGGAUCUUAUGGCCAUAGAUGAACUAUUGAAAACUCGAGUAAAGGUAUCUGCGAAAUGUCAAGAUUUUAAGGCAGCUAACGAUAACAAAACUAAUAAAGUUUGGCGAACCUUGCCUACUAAUGGAAUAGAUAACAAACACUUAAAGGAAAACUGGCAAAUGUUUAAAGAACGUAGCAUGCCAUCUUUACCUAUUGUGGAAGCUGAAAAAAAUUUAAAAAAUCAUAAACGUUUGUCUCGAACUUCUGUAGGAAGCAGAGAUUUGCCAGAUAAAGGAAAUCAACAGAAAAUUAAUUUAAGGAAACAUUUUUGUUCUUCCACCCAGAAACAAGACAAUUUAUGUGUUCCAGUUCUGGGAAAUUCUUCUCCUAAACAACCAAGUGAAGGUGAAUUGCUUAAGCCUUAUAAACUAAAGCGUAUAAAAAAUAAAAUAUAGCUCCAUCGGCCACUUAUUGUCUGCUUAAGCCAACUCCUGUCAGUCUCACGAAGUACAUCAAUUGAAACUGGACUAUUUUACACUUUCUUAGAGUAUUUCAAAAGUUAUAUUUAUCGUGCGGGUUCAUUAUUAUUGCCGACAGUACGAUUUUUAUAAGUUUUGAAAUCCUUUAUAGGA